CAUAGAAAUGAACUCGACUUCGGGUACCCCAGAGCAGAGAAGGGGCACCACCGUAUCGCAUCACCAUCAACAAGCUCUAUUAACGAGUCCCGUGGUAAAAAUAGAUAAGGCUACGACAUCUAAGCAAUUUUGCUUUGGAUUUAAAGAUUGUUUGGGAAAAGGGUCGGUUGCCUCUACGAACCCACAGCAUUUGCAGCAACACCAACAAGGAAAGCAACAACGUUCGCGUAGCCCGACCUCCAAAUUAGAGCACCAGGUGACAGAGCUUGAACAGGAAGUCCAGAAACAGAAAGAAAUUCGGAGCAUGUACAAAAUGAGAAUGGAGAGAACACAAGACUAUUUAAGGUACUGUCUUCAAAUAGCUCAGGAUAAUGGAUUCUUGGACCUUUUAAGUAACCACAAAUCUCCUGUUUCUCGGGAUGUUGUCCUAAAUAUCGAUACCACCAGUCCUCAACUCCCUGCCCCGGUUUCUCACCAAUCAGAUCUAGGUCUACUCAUCAACCAAGCCAAGUUGAACGGGUGGUUCAUUGACCCCAUCGAGAUUGAAUUGCGAGAAGUAAUUGGCCAAGGAAGUACUGCAGACAUUUACAGAGGAAUUUGGCGAGGCCUUGAAGUUGCGGUGAAGUGUAUAUAUCCCGAUUUCUUCGAGAAAAAUGAAAAUGGUGUUUCAUUUUUUGCUCAAGAAGUCGAGACAUUGUCUAAGCAGCACCAUCGCUUUAUACUACAGCUAAUGGGUGCAUGCCUCGAGCCGCCUAUUCAAGGUUGGAUAGUGACGGAGUUCUUGAGCAUGACGCUGAAGGAUUGGCUACAUGGACCGGGAAACAACAGGCGAAAAGAAAGGGUGAUACCACUCCCUCCGUUGCAAGAGAGAUUGAAUAAAGCCGUGGAAAUUGCACAAGCAAUGCAAUAUCUCCAUGAACAAAAACCCAAAGUUAUUCACCGUGAUUUGAAGCCCAGCAACAUUUUUUUAGACGAUGCCAAGCAUGUAAGGGUGGCUGAUUUCGGGCAUGCUCGGUUUUUAAGUGACGAAGAAAUGGCACUUACAGGCGAAACAGGAACUUUUGUUUACAUGGCACCAGAGGUUAUCAGAUGUGAACCUUAUAACGAAAAGUGCGAUGUAUACAGCUUCGGAAUCAUUCUGAAUGAACUCAUCACAGGCAAUUAUCCUUAUACUGAGACCAAUUAUGGACCGGCCAAGAUUGCCUUGGAGGUUGGAGAUGGAAAGCUAAGACCAGCACUUCCAGAAGACAAUGGCGAACGGAAGGAGCUGAUCGAGCUGAUUUGCCAGUCAUGGGAUGGAGAUGCUUGUGUUAGACCCACCUUUGCGAACAUUACUUCCACUCUAUCAAAUAUCCAAACCAGAUUCAAUGACAAUAGCAUCCCAUCCAUCCAUUAAGUAGCCAUGGUUCAGUGGCAAUUUUAAAAUGUUCAAAUUUAUAUGGAUGUUUAAUUGUAUUAAUUUUCAGUUCUGACAAUUUUACAUUUUCUUUUUGACAAAAUAUGAAAGAGUAUCAAUUACAAAAUAA